UGAGGAGCCUGCGAGCAGUUCUGCACCCAGGGCUCCCAUGCCGGCCGCUUCAAAAAGGCCCUCGCGGCGUGGCCGUGGUGCCAGUGGCGGGUGACGAUGCGCCGGGAGGAGGUGGCAGGCACGUGGCCGUGUCCCCACGGUGCCCCAGGGCGGCUGUGGGGUGGCAGGCUCAGCUGUGGCUGUCCCUGGGCUUUGGAAGCUGCUGAACACACGAGAGGAUGAUACAGCCCUCGAGAUGGCCACCAAGAGAGAUGGGCAGAGCUGAUGUGCCACCACCUGCCACACGGGCACUGCCACGGGCCCUUCUCUGGGCUUCUUUUCCUUGGGCUUCUUUUCCCCUGCCCAGUCAUGCAAAGGGGACUGGAUCCCAGAGGAGGGAUCCCAGAGGACAGAUCCCAGGGACGGGCUUCCAGGGGCUGGAUCCCAGAGGAUGGAUCCCAGGGACUGGAUCCCAGAGGAUGGAUCCCAGGGGCUCAAUCCCAGAGGAUGGAUCCCAGGGAUGGGCUCCCAGGGGCUGAAUCCCAGUACGUGGAUCCCAGGGCACUCUGCAGUGCUGCACAUCCCUUCUGCAGAAGGCACAGCAGCCUCUUCCUGGGGAGGAGCAGGGGGCCAGGCAGAGGCUCUGCAAAGGCAGCAGGGUCCCUGCAGCACCUCCCCUGCUUCUGGGUGCCUGUGGCUGUUGUCACACUUGGCCAGGGCUCAGGGCUGGCCUGGCCGUGGCUGGUACAGAGACAACCCAAACCCUUGUUCCUGAGCAAUGGAUGCUGCAAUCUUGGGGCUCCACAGGGCUCUUUCCUGCCCUCUUUCCCCCCAGAGAACAAGGGGCAGCAGCGGGGGAGCCCGGCCCAGUGGUUCCUGCUCGGGUCCCAGCUGGGUGCGCGUGGCCGGGGGGCCGGGCCGGAUGCAGGGGCUCCCAGCAGAGAUGCAGCAUCUGCUUCUCAUCAGGCUGCUGGGGCUGCUGGGGCUGUGAUAGAUGGUCUGUUUAUCAGCCUCAGCCCUGCUCAGGAUGUUAGUGUUCGCCUGAGAAAGAUAUUUUUGGGCUCGGCCGCUCCCUCCAUCCUCCCUCGCCUCCUGCUUCCCCCCGGAUCUUCACUCUCCAGGCCAGGUGGGCUGAAGCCUGUCCAGACACAAGGGACGAGAUCCAAGGAGCUCCCAUCCCACAGCCCCUGGGUUCUGCCAGUGGGAAGGGCUGGGCUGGGCUCUGCCAGCCUGGGAAUGGAUCAGGCCAAGGUCUGAGCAUGGGGAGCCGAGGUGCUGGCCCAGCUGCAGGCUCCCCUGGGGACAGGGACAGGGGCACGGGUGGGGAGGGACAGCAGGAGCUUUCACACACUCCUCAUCCCCAGGGUGGGGUGGGGAGGGAGGUGCUGUGUGUCCCCCACAGCCCCACACCAUCCUGUUCACCCCCCAUCACCCUCACCCUCCUGCCCAGCUCUGCACCAGCUCUCUGGGGAGACACAUCUGGGAUUUAGCUGCAGCCCCACCACGUACCCAUCCCCUGUCCCUGUGUGUCCCUGCAGAGCCGGGGCCAGGCUGAGCUACCCAGCCCAGGCCUGUCCUGCCAUCACGCUGGGGACAGGACACACAGCCCUGGAGGCUGGGGACACCUCUGCCAGCACCCGGACACAGCCUGGCCGUGUUCCCACCCACGGCCACGCAGCGACGGGGACCACGGACACGUCCAUGUCUCCCAGCCCAAGGUGCAGUGCUGCAUCUCUGGUCAAUUGGGAGUCUGAGAUGAAGCACUGUAGCUCGGGAAGGGAGGAACUGCGCACCUGGGGACCCCCCACCCGCUGGCACAGGUGACACACGGAGAGCUCAGCCCAGGCUGCAGGAAAAGGGCUCAUCCCAAAGCUCCCAAGGAGGGAGAGGAAGCUGGGGAGGUUUUUCUGUGCAGCAGAGGGACCCCUGUGUCUGCUCAGGACCCCCAGCCUGGCGCUGGGCACCAGAGGGAGGGGUCCCACGGAGAUGGGAGGGGUGGGGGCACAGCAGGGACACGGCGGUGGCUCUCCCCCAUCAGCCACACUCGGAGCGUGGACAGCGGCAAGGACACGGGGCUGGCACAGCCUGGGGUGCCGUGUCCUCAGGGUCCAGUUUUCCCAGGAAUCCCUUAGGCACUAGGUUGGGGAUUCCUGGAAAUACUGUUCUUGGGGCCACGGCUGGGCAGCCCAUCCCAGAGCCACAGCCUGCGGAGGAGCUGGGAAUGGAGGUACAGGGCCAUGGGGAGGGGCAGGAGGGGAGGGGGAGCCCCUGGAGAUCCACACGGGGGUGAUGGAUGUCCCUGUGGGUGUCCCUGUGGGUGUCCCUGUGGGUCACCACUCACGGCCAGGUGGGCUGGCUCAGGGGCAGGUGGCCUCACACUGCCCCUGCCCUGCCCGGGCCUCCCAGGCUCAAUAAAGGUCUCCACUCCCCAGUGA